UGAACUCCUUCCAAGUCUUCAAUACAUGAAGGCUGACAUGAGUCAAACUUAAUUGGUUGGCCAGGCAAGUUUUACAUGCUUUUAUUCUGAAGCCUGGGGCCGGAAGCUGUGUAUUUGUAGUUGUUGAACUUGACGCUUUUAUUCUGAAGUCUGGGCCCGGAAGGUGUUUGUUUGCCGUUGCUAAACUUGACGGUCCUCGGGUCCUCCGUCCUUCAGUCUGCGUGUGGGGGACCGGGCGGAGUGCAGCGACGGAGCCGUUGCUCGCCGUCAGACAGGCGUGGAGUGCCGGGGAGCGCGGGACCGAUCUGGGGCUGCCGGCACCCGGGGAUUCAAAACAGAAAAAGAGGGGACAAAAACCCGCUCCGGACCGAGUCUGGGUCCGAGUCCGGAUUAAUCUUCAUGCAGUGAUCCGUCCACCCUGGUGCUUUUCUUUAUAUGUGACACUUUGCUGGAUGAUGGUGUUGGAGAUGGAGGGCAAGGAGAAGCCGAGACCCGGUCCGGAUUAUCUGAUGCAGCUCAUGAACGACAAGAAGCUGAUGAGCAGCCUGCCGAACUUCUGCGGCAUUUUCCAGCACCUGGAAAGACUGCUGGACGAGGAGAUUGGCCGUGUGAGGAAGGACAUGUACAUCGACACUCUGAAUAGUUCGGAGAGGAUCAGCGAGCUGCCAGACGCCAUCGGGCCAAACGUCCAACUGCAGGAGAAACUUUACGUCCCGACCAAAGAGCAUCCUGAUUUCAACUUUGUUGGGAGGAUUUUGGGUCCUCGUGGUCUGACGGCAAAGCAGCUAGAGGCGGAGACAGGAUGUAAGAUCAUGGUGAGAGGGCGGGGCUCCAUGAGAGACAGGAAGAAGGAGGAGCAGAAUCGAGGAAAGCCUAACUGGGAGCACCUGAAUGAGGAUCUUCAUGUCCUCAUCACGGUGGAAGAUACUCAGAAUCGAGCUGAGAUCAAACUUAAACGAGCUGUAGAGGAAGUGAACAAGCUGCUGGUGCCUGCUGCGGAGGGGGAGGACAGUCUGAAGAAGAUGCAGCUGAUGGAGUUAGCGAUCCUUAACGGGACGUACAGAGAUGCUAACAUCAAACCCUCCUCCCUUACCUUUUCCCUUGCAGGGUCCUCUCAGACACCACGUUUCCUCUCAGGUCCUACCCCUGUCGUGACGCCGUCCACCUCUCUGCGUACACCUGUCCCCGCGGGCCCUGCCCUCAUGCCUCUGAUUCGUCAGAUCCAGACAAUACUGCCUAAUGGGAUGCCUCACUCUGCAACUCUGAUGCAGGGGGCAGGGCCUGAAUCCAGUCUGAUCUACGCAGCCCCCUAUGACUACCCGUAUGCUGUGGCGCCAGCCUCUAUCUUGGAGUACCCUUUAGACUCAGGAGGGAUGUUAGGUAAGCCCGCCCCCCCCUGCUCCUGUGACUGCUCCCCCACGCCUCAUCACCACCCCCAUGGACAGUGGAGCCCCACCCCCACGCUGCUCCUCAGACACACCUCCUAAAGGAGGGAAAACAAGUGCACACACACAUCUCACUGACAGCUGAAACCUGCAGUGUUGCCCGCAGCUGGAUGGAGUUAGACACAGUACAUGGAGGAAAGUGAUGAUUUCAUUCUCAGCAACUAAACAAUAAACAAUAUUAGAAAAUAUUUCAUAUCAUAUUUUUGGAAAUUACCAGACUUCUGUGUUCUCACUGUCAAUAAAUCAUCAGGCCAAACAAAAAAUUUAAUUA